CCAUACGGAGUGUCGGGCUUUGAAUAGUGCAAACUUUUUGUGCUCACACACUAUUCUAGAUAGACAACCUCCAUGGCUGCUGCUCCUGCUACUCAACCUCGUGUCAUGGUGUUACCCUUCCCUGCACAGGGCCAUGUCAUCCCGCUAAUGGAGCUGUCUCGCAAGCUCGCCGGGCACGGCGUCGAGGUGGACUUCGUGAACACCGAGUUCAACCACGACCUCGUCAUGGAAGCAAUGGCAGAGAAGGGAGCAAUUCCUGAUGGGAUCCACAUGCUCACCGUUCCGGACGGCCUGGGCCCCGGAGACGACCACGCGGACAUCGGCAAGUUUGUCAAGGACCUGCCCGCCGCCAUGUCCGGCCGCCUGGAGGAGAUGAUCCGGUCGAGGAAGAUCAAGUGGGUGAUCGUGGAUGUGUCCAUGAGCUGGGCACUGCAGGUGGCCACCACGGCGGGUGCCCGUGUUGCCUCGUUCUCGACCUACUCCGCGGCCGUGUUUGCUCUCAGGAUGAACCUCCCCAAAUUGAUACAGGACGGUGUUCUUGAUGAAAGUGGGGAUGUGAAGGGGCAGGAGCAGAUCAAGAUGAUGCCGCCCAUCGACGCGUCGGAGAUCCCCUGGGUCAGCCUGGCCAGCACCAGCGCCCCUGAGAGGCGCAGAAACAACAUCGAGAACGUCCUCAAGACCAACCUGUCGAUGCCACUCGCCGAGGUGGUCAUCCUCAACACUUUCUUGGAGUUGGAACCCGACGCUCUGGCCCUCCUCCCCAACGCGCUGCCUCUCGGCCCGCUAGUGGCGCCCACGUCGAGGCCAGCCGGACACUUCUUGCCCGAGGACCUCGCCAGCCUCGCUUGGCUCGACGCGCAGCCCGCCGGCUCCGUCGUCUACGUGGCCUUCGGCAGCUCCGGCUUCCUGGACGCAACGCAGUUCCAAGAGCUCGCCGACGGGCUCGCGCUCUCCGGCCGGCCGUUCCUGUGGGUGGUCCGGCCAGACUUCACCAUCGGAGCAGGGCAGGAUCAGUUCGACCUCGACGCGUUCAGGCGCCGCGUAGAGGGGAAGGGGCUGGUGGUGGGCUGGGCGCCGCAGCAGCGCGUGCUGUCGCACCCGGCGGUGGCCUGCUUCAUGUCGCACUGCGGGUGGAACUCGACCGUGGAGGGCGUGCUGCACGGCGUGCCGUUCCUGUGCUGGCCCUACUUCGCGGACCAGUUCUGCAACCAGAGCUACGUGUGCAACGUGUGGGGCACCGGCGCCAAGCUCCGGCGAGACGAGAGAGGGGUCGUCGCGAAGGACGAGGUCCAGAGCAAGGUCGCGUGGCUGCUGGGUGACGAGGGGGUCAAGGCGAGGGCGGUGGCGUGGAAGGAGGCCGCGUGUGGCAGCAUCCGGGAAGGAGGGUCCUCGCAUGGGAACUUGCUCAAGCUUGUCAGCUUGCUAAGAGCAAGUAUAAUAGCGCCUAGUCAGCUGGCUACAAGCCGUUCCAUCUCAGACAAAGUCUAGCUGGAGGAAAGAGAAGACAGGAGAGAGAAGGGAGCGGGCGCUCCGUGAGUCGCCGGCUGCAGCGCAAGGCUCGAGACAAAGAAACUGCAUGCAAGAGCUUAAAGCUAGCGCAGCUUCUUCCACUCCAAUCAACUACAAUUUUUCUCUCUGUCAUGCAUGUAGAUAUUAAUUACUAUAGCCAAUGCCUACAGCCAGCUUGUUAUACGAGAGUUCUUUUUUGGUGGCUA